CGAGCAACACUUUGCGGCGUCGCCCAUCUCCACACCCUCACCUCGCCCCUCGCACCGCCGCAGCCCCGGCGCAUCACCCCGCGCACCAUGCCGCGCGAGCUCAUCACGCUCCAGGCGGGCCAGUGCGGCAACCAGAUCGGCUCGCAGUUCUGGGAGCACCUCUGCAAGGACCACGGCAUCAGCCAGGACGGCACGCUCGAGGAGUACGCGAGCGAGGGCAGUGCCGGCGACCGCAAGGACGUCUUCUUCUACCAGGCCGACGAUGAGCACUACGUUCCGCGCGCCAUCCUCGUCGACACGGAGCCGCGCGUCAUCGGCGGCAUCAUGAACGGGCCGUACGGCAAGCUCUACAACCCCGAGAACAUCCACGUGUCGAAGAACGGCGGCGGCGCAGGCAACAACUGGGGCCAGGGCUACGGCGCGGGAGAGAAGAUCCAGGACGAGCUAAUCGAGAUGAUCGACCGCGAGGCCGACGGCAGCGACAGCCUCGAGGGCUUCAUGCUGCUGCACUCGAUUGCCGGCGGCACAGGCUCGGGUCUCGGCUCCUUUCUGCUGGAGAAGCUCUCGGACGCGUAUCCGAAGAAGCUGAUCCAGACGUACUCGGUGUUCCCGAACUCGGAAGAGACGUCCGACGUGGUCGUGCAGCCGUAUAACAGUGUGCUGGCCAUGCGGCGGCUCGUCGACCAUGCAGACAGCGUCGUGGUGCUGGACAAUGCGCAGCUAGCGCGCAUUGCGGCGGACCGGCUGCACCUGAGCAACCCGAGCUACUCACAAACAAAUCAGCUCGUCAGCACGGUGAUGGGCGCCUCGACGCUGACGCUGCGCUACCCGGGCUACAUGAACAACGACCUGGUCGGCAUGCUCGCCUCGCUCAUCCCGACGCCGCGCGCCCACUUCCUCAUGACGUCGUACACGCCCUUCACCUCGGACACGAUUGAGCGCGGCAAGGCGACGACGAAGACGUCGGUGCUCGACGUGAUGCGGCGGCUGCUGCAGCCCAAGAACCGCAUGGUCUCGACACAGGGCGCGUCGAAGAAGGCGUGCUACAUCAGCAUCCUCAACAUCCUGCAGGGCGACUCGAUCGACCCGCGCGACGUGCACAAGUCGCUCGUGCGCAUCCGCGAGAAGCACCUCGCCAGCUUCAUCCCCUGGGGCCCGGCGAGCAUUCAGGUGGCGCUGGCGAAGCGCGGCCCGUACACGGCGGCCACGCACCGCGUCAACGGCCUCAUGCUUGCCAACCACACGGGCAUCGCCGGCAUCUUCAAGCGCACGCUCGACCAGUACGACCGCCUGCGGAAACGCAACGCCUUUCUGGACAUGUACAAGCGCGAGCCGAUGUUCGCCAACGACCUGUCCGAGUUCGACGAGUCGUACGAGACGGUCACCGAGCUCAUGGCCGAGUACCGGGCAGCAGAAGGGCCAGACUACAUCAGUGGCCGCGUCGACGGCUAGCCGCAAUCUCUGUCCUCGGUCCCCUCGCAUCCCUCUCGCUCGUCGCUCUCGCCCUGCCGCGGCCGUCGCCGGCGCGCGCCUGUACUCUAGUUCUCGUCUGUGUCACUAUUCGCUCCGCACCGCACCUGUGUGAGAGCAGCUGCAUUGCUGGGGAAAGGGAGGGGUGGCAUACGGAGCAGGGUAUGGCGGGUCUGCAGCGCCGGCUCAGCGCAGGCGCGGCGCAAUGCCGCCACGGAAGCUGACGGCCAGGCUGACCCAGCCGGCGAUGAGCGCGAGGCCGCCGAUGGGCGUCGCGGGGCCCAGAGCCU